CUCCCUGAUGGUGAAUUGAUUGCACCUGGCGGCUGAUACUCACGCGCCGCUACUUCUGCUUAAAGUCAGCCCGCCGUCAUCAACUUAGUUUAAAGCUUCAGUCGAGUCAUUUUAACGUCUUUCUUCAACUUAAUUCCCGCCGCCCCCACGCAUAAGAUGCCUCCUAAAAAGAAUUUAACCGUUGUUGAUGCGAAAGCGUCUUCCAGCGACGCGCCGGUGCUUGGAAAAAAGGGUCCUGUAGCUUUGCGCGUUAAGUCCGCAAAUCCUGCAACUAACUUAAUGGUGAGAGAGGCGAUAAAAACACUGGACUCCAGAAAUGGGGUUUCGUUACAGGCCAUCCACAACUUCAUCAAGCUCAACUACCCGUCCACGGACAGCGUCCGGCGCAAUUACUUUGUCCGCAGAGCCAUCAAGAAAGGUCUGGAAACGGGCGAGUUGGUGAGGCCGGCCAACGCCGUCGUCACUGUAGGCGCAAAGGGCAGAUUUCGGCUCGCACCAAAGGCCAAAGAGGUCAAAGGUAAACAAGAAAAUGAGAAUCCAAAUGUGCAAGAAGCCCCAAAGGAGGAAAGCAAGAAGACAAAAACUGCUAAUGGCGCUGCAAAGAAAUCGGAUGCUGGAAAUGAACCAAAGAAAGAGGAGGUAAAGGUUCCCGAAAAGUCGAAAAAUGAGGUGCCUCUGUCCUCAAAGGUGGCGCCAGCCAAGAAGCCCAAAUCUAAAAAAGCUGCAGACGAAGAUGAAAAGGUUGUGUCUGGCAAGACCAAAGCUAAGCUCAAGGGGGCUAAGUUGAAGGAAGCCAAGGAGCCCAAGACCACCAAGGAGCCCAAGACCACCAAGGAGCCCAAGACCACCAAGGAGCCCAAGACCACCAAGGAGCCCAAGACCACCAAGGAGCCCAAGACCACCAAGGAGCCCAAGACCACCAAGGAGCCCAAGCUUAAGUAAAAGAGACCAAGGUGUCAAAGGGUAAAGCUGCUGAACAGUUGAAGGACCCUGCACUAGAAGUCCCUGCUAAACGAGUGGGAGAACUUUUUGAAUGUUCUUCUAAAUUUGUAUUUAUUUUUUUCAAUAAAAUUGUAAAUUUUA